AUGUCUUUACCAAGAUUCACAUUAAUACGUUCUGUAUCCAAGUUGGAAAAAUUGAUUUUUCGGCGAUAUUCAGCACAGAAUACUAUUAACCUAUCUGAUCAAGCGGUGCAAAGAUAUUUAAAUCAUUUGAUUCUGGAACAUGCCAAUUUGGAAACAAAACCACGCAGGAAUUUUGAAGAAGCGAGGAGGCUUCAAGAAAUAAAACCCAUAGUCCUUGCGCUGGAGCAGCGCAUAACUCUUUUCGACAGCAUAGACUCGCUGAAGGACUUAAAUAAGCGUGAAGGGCAAGAUGAAGAGAUAAAGAAAAUGAUUAAGGAGGAGGCGCAAAUAUAUUUAAAACGUUUGAAAGAAGUUGAUGGUGAACUACAGUCAAUACUGCUAGAGCCAUUUUUAACACAAGGUGGAGUGCUGGUUGAGGUAACAGCAGGAGCUGGAGGGCAAGAAGCUAUGCUCUUUGCGAGAGAGCUUCUUGAGAUGUACCAGUCAUAUUGUGAAUAUAAAGAUUGGGAGGUGGAUGUUGCAUCCAUAGAGAAAUCUGAUCUUGGGGGAAUAAGAAAGGCUUCCUUGCUUGUAAAGGGACUAGGUGCCCCUGAACUGAUGAGAAUGGAAGCUGGAGUACAUCGUGUCCAAAGAAUACCUGUGACAGAGAAGGGGGGCCGCAUUCAUACAAGCACAAUAUCAGUGGCCGUACUACCUCAGCCCACAGAUGUAGAAUUGAAUAUACCUGAGCGAGACUUGAGUAUUGAAACUAAAAGGGCCAGUGGUGCCGGAGGCCAGCAUGUGAAUACCACUGACAGUGCUGUACGCAUCAUCCAUAUACCAACAGGGACAGCGGUAGAGUGCCAGGAGGGUAGAUCACAGAUAAAGAACAAGGAAAUUGCUAUGCAGAAAUUACGUACACUAUUGCUACAGAAACAGCUAGAUGAGCAGUCUUCAAAAAUUAAUAGUGAGAGAAAAUCACAGGUAGGCCAGAGCAAUAGAAAUGAGAAGAUAAGAACAUACAACUACCCUCAAGACAGAGUAACCGAGCAUAGAGAAGGAGGUGGGACAACUCACAGCUUGAAGAUCUUCAUGCAAGGAGGCGAGCCCCUAGAACAACUGCAGGAGUCUCUUCUUCGACAGCAUAAAUAUAAGGCCAUUAUGACUGAGAUUAAUGAUUUCAUUGUUAAAUACAAAGCUGAAAAUAUUGGAAAGAGCUAACAGGUUAAAAAAAAAAGUAUUAGUAUACAUUAUGACUAAAAAUUGGUGUUUUAAUUAACUACUUCUUUUUAAGUUGAUUAAUAAUGGGCAAGAUUAAAUACAUUGACCAUUGCCAAACUAUGUAACAUAAAAGAAUUGGAAUAUUGGAUUGGAUUGUCUUUAAAUAUUCUUUAAUUCUAAGCGACUGAACCGCCUAGAUUCUUGGAUGUCACUGAAGAUGUGAUUACUCUUUUAAGUUGUAAUACACGGAAGUCACGGAAAAGAACAUUAAUGUUGUCAGUUCUUUUGUUUAUUUUCAGUGAGUUCUUUUAACGUCACACAACGUUAGGCUUAAAGUAUGAGAUUUUUAUGGUCACAUUGGAAACAUGCGUAGAAGCUUCGCUAGCUGUAGAAAUGUGAAGAAAAUUAAGCUUUCAAAUAAUAUAAAGUCGAGUUUACUCUAACAGGUUCUCUUUCUGUCUGGUUUUAGAUGUUUUGUUAUGUUUGUACAACUGUCUUAAGAUUUUAAAGUUGUACAAACAUAACAAGAGUAAGUUUAAAGCUGUAUAAAUUAAUGCUACAAAUAAUACAUCAAAAUAUUGUUAUGAAUUAUUAUAGUUCCAAAUAAAACACUAUAAA